AUGUCAUCAGCAAGAGCAGGAAUCCCACAAGUACGAAAUCCAACGCUAGCGUCCCAAACAACACCUGAACAAAGAUAUUGGAGAAGUUAUAUAAAUCCACAAUUAAUAAAAGAAAAUCAUCCAAUAAAUCAUAUUGAAUUUAACCCUGUAUCACCACAAGAUUUUGCAAUAACAUCAUCAACAAGAAUUCAAAUUUUUUCAUCAAAAACAAGACAAAUUAUAAAAACUUUUUCAAGAUUUAAAGAUAUAGUAUAUUCAUCAAAUUUUAGAUUUGAUGGUAAACUUUUGGUUGCAUCUGAUGCUACUGGUUUAGUUUCAAUAUAUGAUAGUUAUCAACCAAGAAAUUUAUUAGUUUCAAUAAAUCCUUCAAGUCAUCCAACUCAUGUUUCAAAAUUUCAUCCAACUAUUGGUUCACAAUUAUUAACUGGAUCAGAUGAUAGAAUAUUAAGAUUAUGGGAUAUAUCACAAACUUCAAAGGGUCCCAUUUUACAAUUUGAUGAAUCACAACAUAAAGAUUAUAUAAGAAGUAUAAAUUUUAUACCUGGAGAUCCAAAUUUAGUGCUUACUGGUUGUUAUGAUGGAAUAGUAAGAUUAUUUGAUAUAAGAGAUCCUCAAGGUGUAGUAACAUCAUUUAAUCAAGAAAAUCCAGUUGAAGAUGUUUUAGCUAUAAAUCAAUCUACAGUAGUAAGUUCUGGUGGUUCAAAUGUUAAAAUAUGGGAUUUAACAAGAAAUUCACAAAUUCAUCAAUUAAAUAAUUUUACAAAAACAACAACUUGUUUAUUCGAUACAAAGGAAAAGGGUUUAAUGAUUGGAUCAUUAGAUGGUCAUGUUAAAAUAUUUGAUUAUAAUACAACUAAUUGGGAAGUUAAAUUUGGUUGGAAAUUUAGUUCAGGUGGAGUAUUAUCAUGUGCUGUAUCUCCUGAUACUUAUAAACAUUUUGUAACUGGAUUAACUUCAGGAUUAAUAUCAAUAAGAACAAAACAAACUGAACCAAAAAUAAAACAAGGUAUAAAACAAGAAACUUCAAAUUCAUAUCAAAGAAUGAUGAAUGGAAGAGAUUAUAAAGGAGAAGAAGAAUAUGAAAUUAUAAAUAAUACAAGUGGACCAAAUACAAAAAAAUUAAAACAAUUUGAAAAAUAUUUAAAUUCAUUUAAAUGGUCAGAAGCAUUAGAUUCAGCAUUUGCUUCUGGUUUACCAAAAGAACAAACAAUAACAAUAUUAAAUGAAUUAAAGAAAAGAGGUAAAAUAAGAAUUUCAUUAUAUGAAAAAGAUGAAAUUUCAUUACUACCAAUAUUACAAUGGUUUAUAAAAAAUAUAGAAGAUAUAAGAUCUUUUAAUUUAAUUGUUGAUUAUUUAGCUAUAAUAAUUGAAAUGUAUGGAAAUUUAAUUAAUAAAAGUAUUAUAUUAGAAGAAUGUUUUAAUGAUUUAUUACAAAAGAUAAAUGAAGAAAUUAAAAAAUGUAAAGAAGCUAAUGAAAUAAAUGGAAUGCUAGAUUUAUUAACUGUAUAG